CAUUUUGACAUUAACCUGCUCCCCCUUCUUCUUCUUCUUAAAUCUGUUUCUUUCUCUUCUUCCUCCAUUGAUGAACUUUCACUACUUUUCCUUUCAUUAGAAGUGGUGUCUGUAACUUUGAUAAAGUUUUUGAAUUUUCAUGCAAAAGUCUUAGGAAUUAAAUUGUGAACAAAUACACUGUUUAAAGUCACAAACUUUCAUGCUUCUAGAAGAUACCCACCAAAACAAAAACAUUAAUUUGCAGUCAUCACUUUCUUAACAUCACAAAAAAGGCUUUGGUUUCAACCCUUUUUCUGUUUUCUUGCUUCAAAGUCAUAGAUGAUAGCCAGCUCCUUCUGCAAUGCUGAUUCUAUGUUUUCAGACUCAAGACCCUACAGCAAAUUAAUGCUUUGAUCCCAAGGUUCCUCAAUCUUGUGGUCAAAGGGUUCAAUCUCAGAGAGAAGAGGGGAUAGAUGUUAGAAAGAUGAUGGGACAUAAAAGGAGCCCUUGCUCUGUUGAUCAAAGCAGUUAUAAUUCUAUUGCAUCUAAAAAGCAAAAGCCUGAUUUAGAGAUCACCACUAAGGAUAGGAAGGAAAAGCUCGGUGAACGAAUUGUCGCUCUUCAACAGCUUGUUUCACCAUAUGGAAAGACAGAUACAUCUUCUGUUUUAAAGGAGGCGAUGGAAUACAUAGGGUUCCUUCAUAAACAAGUUAAGCUGCUUAGUGCUCCUUACCUCGAAACUUCACCAGCAACUGAGAUGCAGGGUACUGAGUCAUGCAGCCUGAGAAGUAGAGGGUUAUGUCUUGUUCCUGUGUCAUUUACUAUUGGAGUUGCUGAGGGAAAUGGUGCAGAUAUCUGGGCACCAAUCAAGACCAAUUCACCUAAAUAUGAGAAAGAUGUUUCACAAUUUCAGUGAUUAAUUCAUUUUGUCAGCUUAGCAGCCUUAAGGUUGCUAAACUAGUCUUGUAGCAUUAAAAUUUAUGAUCACCAUUAUUAUCUAUAGAUGGAAUCAUAGUAGCUAAAAUAGUCAUAAACUUUUAAGAACUCUCUAUGAGUCUAUCACAAGAAGCUAUCCCAUGCCUUAAUAAUUUUAAACUGGUGGUGGGGAAUAUGCUUUCAAGUACGCUAAUAUGGAUUCAAUUCUAUGUUCUGAUUAUCAACUGUAUAUUUAAAAAUUCCUAGUUUUACAAUGAUUCCAUUCGAUGUACUCGUUAUCUUAAGGAAAGUCAGUUUCUUCAACUUUUUCAUCUCAA